CCUAAAACAGAUAACCCUCCAGCGGAGUCCAGACUCCAAAGUGUGAUGAGAGUCCAGCCUCCAGCCCCAGGCGCCGAUAUAUCAUAAGUUUAUAUACCAUAACUAACUAAGUUAUCGUGAUAGAGCGCUUUAAUACUUGUUAUACCACCGUACACACACUCUCCGUGCCCUCGUUGUCGAUAAAUCACCAUGGUUGAAGUAAAGCUCGAGACGCCGCAAUUCGAUGCGCGGUUCCCCAACCAAAACCAGACGCGUGCGUGCUGGCAAUACUUUGUCGACUAUCAACGCUGUGUCAAGGCCAAAGGAGAGGACUACGCUCCCUGUGACCAAUUCCGCAAGGCUUACAAGUCGAUCUGCCCCGACGAAUGGAGUGACAAGUGGACCGAGCAGUUGGAGGAGGGCAAGUUCGCGGCUGAGCUAUAAACAGACUGUGUGACCUAUAUUUAGUCCUUUUGUACUUACUUGCUUGGCUGUACGGUGCGGUGCUGGUUCGCGGGGACGAUGUGCUUGCUGGCGAGUGACGGCAGACAACUUUUGUGCAUGUCAGUGGCAAAUACUUAAACGAACGCUAAUAAUUAAAAGGGAGCCCUCUCUAUCAGUCACUACAUAGUCACUACUUAAGCUGUUGUGGGCAGGCACAUAUAUCAUAAUCUCUAUAUAUAUACAAUAUAUGUAUAUACCUAUAUAUUUAUUUAUAUGUACCAACCACGUGGCUCCACGCACUGUCAUAUGCAUAUGUAUGCUGACUGUUGUUAAGUGUGUUUGUGAAGUUAUGGUAAAUAACGCGUGAGAAACGCUUUUGAUUUUCUGUAGUCAGUGGUGGGAUAGCGGGCGGCACUGUUGUAUGUUGGCAAGGGA